AUGGCUGAAAUCAAUAUUACCGAAAUGGAGGCAGCGUAUCAGCGGACCAAGGGGCUCAUACACAACACACCAAUAAUGACCAGCGAGCAAAUCAACAAAAUCACUGGCAAAACUGUUUAUUUCAAAUGUGAUCAUUUGCAAAAAACCGGCUCGUUUAAAGCUCGCGGAGCACUGAAUUCAGUACUACUGGCGAAGGAAGAGAGCACACAAGGAGUUGUCACCCAUUCAUCCGGCAAUCACGGUCAAGCAUUGGCGUGGGCUGCGGGAAACGCCGGCCUCAACUCUGUCAUAAACACGUGUGAUAAACUGGCUCGGGGAACAGGAUUCCGAAUUGUUGAGCCAUCAAAUUGUGUUACAAUGAUUAAUGGACAUUCAAGCAUUGCGUUCGAGCUCGUUGAGCAACUCGACGGCAAAAUCGAUUCCGUGUUUCUGGCGAUCGGCGGCGGCGGACUCGCAGCCUCAGUUGUCUAUUGCCUAGCCCAUUUAAGGCCUGACAUUCGAGUCUUCCUCGCUGAACCCGAAUCGAAGAAUUUGCAGAAGCAGCUGAAUGAUGGAAUUCGAUGCGAGAAAGAUAUGCUCGAUACAGUGGCUGAUGGAGUCCGUGUCGCUCACGUUGGGAGUCUGUGUAGGCCAAUUCUGGAGAAAUAUAGCUCGAACAAUAUCAUUUCUGUGACUGAAAACGAGAUUCGCGAGGCUUUGAUCAUCUUGUGGACACGAUUGAAGCAACGCGUUGAGCCCACCGCUGCUCUCGCAUUCGCGCCUCUUCUCUUCCAUUGCCCGCCGGGCGUCGAAAAUGCGGCGGUGAUUCUCUGCGGCGGCAAUGUCGACGCGAAUUUUAUUCCCUAA